ACACCAACAGAGGUCUACCUAGCACAAGGCAUGCUAAAGAGAGAUACUCAGAGUUAAUACAAAGUCAUCUGCACCAAAGCGGUGGUAACCAACAAAAUUGAAAAGAGCGAAUUACACAAAUAAACUAAUAUAGUGGGUAACGCCACUGGUCGUGAUAGUCAAAAGCAAAAGUAAACAAAUUUGUCUUCAACUGCACAAAAGACUGCAGUUUUACUUUGUCUAACAACUCUUGUACCUUCAAUGUCGUAUUUUCAAAAACUCGAUUGUUCCUUUCCUCCCAGAUAGUCCAUACACACGCUAGCCAACUUAGUUUCAAGAAAGAAUGAGAUGAUCGUGGUAACCCAGCACAUUGACCUAACUGAAGAAAGUGAUCACGUAAGACAAUAGUAUCAACCGUCGAAAUGCCUAACCACCUCCAAACAAUAGUCCACAAAGUGCUGAAGACGUCGCAACCCAAAAAAGACCAGUUGUCGUUUCCCCUGAACCACACCCUCUAACACAAGUGUCCCCUUCAUGAAGAAUCCCUCUCCGCACAAGAUUAUCUUUUGUUGGUAACCUAUUGCGGAGAAGACGUCAAGCGAACACGAAAACCUUUAUUGAAACUUGUUUGUGCCAAAUAUUCUCGACUAAGCCCCUAUCAAUUGGUUCUUCGGAAGAUGUAAGGAAAUGGUAAGCUCUGCUGACAGAAUAACCACUAACGGAUCAAGAAGUCGUUGCCACAUGUCAACAACAUUAACCUGCAAAACAAAGUUAUGUAACAAAGAAGUACAUUCCCUAACAUUCUCCUCUUCCCAAGCAAAGAGCAUCAUCCUCCACUUUCACGCCUCGCCCAAUCCCCUCAGCCUAACUACGUCAUAUCUGCCACUGAAAACCAGAAUUAUUUUUGGAGCUGAACCAAACAAGCACAUAGAUACAAAAAAAUUAGAUGGUAGAUCUUACUAAUCAACAAGACACACUGCCAUUAAUAUUUAUUUAUGUUUUUUCAAAUUUAUUUAUUUAUAUUUUUAUCUUUCUAAAUAGUAGAAAUGAAGAACGUGAUAAAUGGAGAUGGUAUCAACUCGUCUCUGAUCUCCCCAGGUCAGAAAAAAAAACAAAAACCCUAAUCUAAUGCAACGAAGAAAGAAACCCUAAAUCGUUUGUUUCGAUCACCGCCAUCACGAACAACCAACCAUCGUGCCGCUUUCAUCACCGAAAUCACAAUGCCUCCGUCACCGGCGGUCCUCUCCGAAGAUCUCGUUGCCGAGGUACUUUCCUUUCUUCCGGUGAAAUCUCUUGUUUGCUUCAGGUGUGUGAGUAAAUCUUGGAAAACCCUAAUUUCUGAACCCACUUUUGUGAAAUUACAUCUCCAGAAAUCACAAUCACAAUCACUCUGCACACUAAUCACGAUGCACAAAGACCACAUUCUUCAUGGAAUUUACGAGGUGGAGGAUUACAGCUUAGUUAGAUACCCUAUCAAUCGUAUAUUCGAAAACCCUUCCUUCACACUUGUUCACGAUUCUCACUCUCAUCAUUUGAAAAUGGAAGGAAACCCCACUUUUAUCGUUGGUUCUUGUAAUGGAUUGGUUCUUUUGGUUCGUAAGUCAAAAUCAAUAAAAGAUGAUCACAAGAGUUACUGCCUCCGUGUUUGGAACCCAGCCACCUGGACAUCAUCUGAUUUUUUCGGGCAUUUCCGCGAUAUCGAGACUUUCCACUUUGCAUUUGGAUGUGUUAAUUCAACCGGAAGCUUUAAAGUGGUGGCGUUCUGUUUUCGAAAGGAAACAAUGGAAGUGAGAGUUCUCAACUUGGAUCAUGGUGAUUAUCUUUGGAGAAAUAUUGAAACUUUUCCUGUGGUUCCUUAUCGUGUAUUCGAAAGUCAUGAACAUGUGUAUUUGAGUGGCACUCUUAACAGGUUGUCUAUUCCUAACGAAACUGUUGAACACUCUGUUAUUGUUUCUCUUGAUUUGGAGACGGAGACAUACAAUCAAUACAUGGUGCCCUGUGGUUUUGAUCAAGUGACGCAUUCGUACAACACACCAACUAUUGGUGUGUUGGGGGGUUGCCUUUGUUUUUCUUUUUUGCACAAGGAAACUGAUUUUGUUGUAUGGCAAAUGAAGAAAUUUGGGAUUGAAGAUUCUUGGACUCAAUUACUUAAAAUUAGUUACCAUACUCUUCGAAUAGGUUAUGACUUUAUUAUUUCCACACUCAGAAGCUUUUUUCAAUUGGUGCCAUCACUUCUUUCUGAGGAUGGUGAUUCCAUGAUACUUGAGAGCAAUCUAGAAUCCCUAACAGUUCAAACAAUUCUCUAUAACAUGAGAGAUAAUACAGCAAAGCAAACACAAAUUAUUGCAAGUAGAACUACUAUUGAUAAUAGAAAUGGUGAUCGUGUAUAUUGGAGCCAUGCCAACGAUUAUGUUGAAAGCUUAGUCCCAAUUCCUUAAAAGUUGGACAAACUGAUCCUGGAGAUACCAGAUGUAGAUAUAAAUGUUCUGUUCAAUAAUCAGAAACAAAAGUGUGUUGGUGUAUUUUGGUUGAAGUUGAAGGGGUUAGUUCAGUUAUGGCAAUGUUAUUUUUGCUAUUUUUAUUUUAUUUUAUUCCUUACAUUAUUCUGAAUAAGUUGAAUUAAAGUUCCUAAAAAAAAGUUAUGAAUUAAAGAUUCAUCAAGACUUUUGAUCGAUUUUAAAUUGGGUUACUUUCCUUAAAAAAAUAAUUGGGUUUUUUGUAUGAAUAACCAGUUACUUUGAAUCAUCAUAUCUGAACUAUUGUUCCGUAACUUUUACAUGCAUUAUCUGAAAUUGCAAGUCCCUUGGUUGUGUAACUUGUGUUAGAAAUUGAUUCAUGCUUCCAUCCUAACCUGGACCUAUUAUAUUUUUUUCCCAAGUCAAAUUAAUUCCUACAAAGAGACUAUUUCUGAUUCACUUUGCCCGUAGACUAUGACGGUGGAACUUAUUGUUUUGCGUAACACAACAUAUAGUACCUUCUCCAUCAGAAAAAUGUGUUAUUGAGUCUGGUUGGAUAAAGAAAAUCAAGUUGAAGAGUGAUCUUGCACAAACUGAACAAUAAACUAUUCCACCCCACACAAACACACCUCUCCCCAAUUAGACCCUUUUAAAUCGACCAACUACGUAAUAAUAGUGUCAUUUCAAUUGGGGGAACAAACCAUACCAACCCCAUAUUUGAAAAUUGUUUUUUUUUUUUGCUAUUGAAAACUUCACAAUGACACAAGUAAUUUACUAAAUAGCCCCCAGCGGUAGUUAACUACCGUUCAUAAGAUACAACUUAAAAGAAAACUGUGAGAUUGUAGUAAAGAGAAACACAUGGGUGAGUCAAAUUUCUUUCUUUAGCUUUCUUCUUCCUCGUGUUGUUGUUGUUGUGGGAUCAUUUCUUCAUCUUAUCAUUUCUUUCUAAUUUCUUUCUCUAUUAGAAAUUGGAAUCAUUGUUUUUUUUUUUUUUUUUAUUGUUAAAAAACAUAAUCUCAACUUUUGUUUGAAAGCCAUCAAAAGGGGAACAUUUGUUGAAGAGCAAAAUCACAAUCUGUCAUGGAAGAAUUAACAAUUGGAUUUUAUUAGGAUUGAUUUAUGUUCUUAAAUUAUUAAUUUUGAAUAGAAAAGCAUAAGACACAAACAAAAAAAAAAACCAAUUCACCAUUUUUGAUUGAAACGUUUGAAAAACGUUUUCUUUGUGGUGCAGACCACCGGCCAAAAGUUUUUGGUGUAAUCCGGAAUACAAAUAUAUUCCGGAUUUCAUAUUCCGAAAACAUACGAUACAGGAGUGAACAAAGGGAAACUUGAGACUUUGAGUAUGGUGAGGGUUGGUUCGAAUUUUAGAAUCCGAAUUUAUUCAGUAUUUGAUUCUUUUUGUGUCCCACAUUGCACCGACAAUUUUUGUGGUUCACAACGCCCACAUACCUCUAUAAAUAGGGGUCCCUGUUUUCAUUACAAUUAAACUACAUCAGACAAAAAAACAUGAAAUUCCCUGGCUUUGAUCCGAACACCAAGCUAGCGGCAGUCUACUACAAUAGUGGAACACCACCCCAUCUGUUUAGGAUUCGAGACGAUGUCACCCUCUCCGGGCUGAAGGAUGAGCUGGAUCAAAUCAACCGUCAACUCAACCACAAAGACACGAGGAGGGUGGUCGGGGUUGAAUAUCGAUGUCCAUUGUCCGACUCAGCCGGAUCUCUUCGCUUCAGCCGGAUGAAACUCAAGAACGACGGCGACGUGCGAACCAUGUUCUCUGUCUUUGGUCAGCACAGUACAAGAGGACUGAUCGAGUUGGACGCUUUGUUGGUUAGAUCUGAUGAACAAAUACUAAAAAGUUUGCACCGGACCAGGAACUACAAAGAGAUCCGGGCUCUAUUGGAGGGAUCAGAGGAGGAAGAAAUUAGUUUAGAUGAUCCGUGACAAUGUGAUAUGUUUCACUUAAUCGCGUGUUUUAUGUUGUUUUAAUUGCGUGCUAGUUAUGUGUUGUUGAA